AACGCGCCCAGCUGACGAACACCUCUCUCGGGGCUGUCCGCGCGGCGCCUGUCUCCCUGAAAUCACCUAUCGAUCCAUUCAUUGAUUUAUUAUCACCUGUUUGUGUGUGUCAGUUAUCAUCAAUUAACUCCUCCAACCUGCUCCUACCUUUCCAGGUGUCCUCGAUUUAUUAUUUAUUUUUUACGUGAAGUGCGUGAUAUCCGGCAGCGCGGAGAGUUGUCGCGAGAUUCAGGUGAAUCGGAAGGGAAGUGAAGAGAGGAGAACCUCCCGCAGCGCACCUGUCCGCAGGUGAACAACCGGAGGAAAGGAAGAGAGGAAUAAAAAGAAACAAUGAGUAACCCCAUCCCGUCCAAUCUGAAGUCAGAGGCCAAGAAAGCCGCCAAGAUCCUGCGAGACUUCACCGAAAUCUCCAACAGGAACGGACCUGACAAACUCAUCCCCCCACAUGUGAUAGCGAAGGCCGAGGGUCUGGCCAUCAUCUCCGUCAUCAAGGCCGGCUUCAUGAUCACAGCCAGAGGAGGCAGCGGCAUCGUCAUCGCCAGACUGUCCGACAGACGUUGGUCUGCACCUUCUGCCAUCGGCAUCGCCGGUCUGGGGGGAGGCUUUGAGAUCGGGGUGGAGGUGUCAGACCUGGUGAUCAUCCUGAACCAGCGUAGAGCCAUUGAGGCGUUCACGAAGGGCGGGAACCUGACGCUGGGCGGAAACUGCACUGUCGCUGUGGGACCUAUGGGCAGGAACGUGGAGGCAGACGUGGCUCUGCGUAGCACUGCAGCAGUUUUCACCUAUUGCAGGUCCAGAGGUUUGUUUGCAGGUAUUUCAUUGGAGGGGUCCUACCUGAUCGAACGCAAAGACACGAACCGCAAGUUUUACUCCCAGGACAUCCGAGCGUCGGCCAUUUUGAACGGAGAUGUUGAGCCGCCAUCGGAGUGCCACGACCUUUACCACAUCCUGGACGCCUACACUGAGGCCUACACCACAGACUGGACCAACAAGAACAUGCGACCAAAGCAGUCGUCUGCUCCUCCGUCCAGACCUCCAGCUCCGCCUCAGCAGAGACCAGCAGCCAGCUACCAGAAACCAGCAACCGACACUGGUGCAUGGUCAGGUACAGGAAGUAAAAACGCCCUCUAUCCAUCUGUCUCCAUCUAUAAAUCUGAGUCCUCAGGUCAAUUUGCCUCCAAACACUCCCAGAGCUACGGUGGAGGACCAUCAAUGGGUGGAGCCAGUGGGCAGCUGGUUGUCACGGCAACCCACCCAUUCACAGGGCAGCAGCCUGGCGACCUGAGCUUUGUCCCCGGUGACCGAAUCACCGUCAUCACUAAGAGUGAGUCCCAGUACGACUGGUGGGAGGGAAAACUGGAUGAUGGGCGGAUCGGGAUCUUCCCCGCCAACUUUGUUACAUACUGAUGCUGCCCCCUGGUGGUCGGUGGAGGGACUGCAGCUGAAGGACAGCCUACGGGAAGCAGCAGGGGUCAAUAUCAAUAAUGAAAUAUUUUGGGGUUUUGUACUGUGUUUCAAAACAUGACAUUUAAGAUGUAAUCUCCCUUUGCUCUGGGAUGCUUCAACAUUUGUUUUCUGAUGUUUUUUAGACAAAACCAUCAAUCGAUUUAUUGAGAAAAUAAUCAGCAGAUUAGUUGAUAAUGAAAACAAUCAGUUGCAGCAGUAAUUACGGCUUUGUAAUUUCUAAAUAAUUUCCUAGAAAGUUUUCUACAUGAUUUAGUACAAACUUUAUACAAAAAAUAGGUAUUUUCUUGUUACAACAGCUUUAAUUAAAUUGAAUUUAUUAAUGGAAAUGUACUAAUUUUUUAUUAAUUUUUAUCAACUUUUUGAGAAAUAUUCAGAAAUAACAGACCUUUAAAAUAAACCGUGAGCACAUUUAGUUUAGAGCUUUUGUAGCUUUAAACAGAAAGCUGUAGCAAGGUUUCAAAUUUCCAAACCCUGGCUUCAGCACUGGGAAGGUAUCAUAAUCCAACGGUUAAAUUAAUAAAUAGAGAAAAUUAAAUAAUUAUAAUGUCUGAAAGAGCCAAAUGAAAUUAAAACUUCUCAGUGCUGACUUCAGGGAACUUUGGAGUGUUGGAAAUCUCCACUAACUGAUGUCUCAGCACUUGUUCAGCUGCUGUAGAUGCUUGUUUGUUUGUUUGUUUGUUUGUUUGUUUGUUUGUGUGUUUAUUUAGAGGUGGGGUAACUACAAAAUUGUACUAGAAAUAUCUUCUUAAGCACCAUUUUGCUGUCCUUCACCUUCAGAAUAAAACUGAGAAAAACAAAAAGACAAAAAGUUCUUUAACAUUUAGUACCAAAAUAAAAUUGUACUUUUCAUUCUCACGAAGAUACUUCAAAAUAAAAGCACUUUUCAAACCAGAUGAAUGUUAACUUGAAUUUUAGCAUUAAACUUUAAGAUAUAGACUUUCUUAUUCACUGUGUGUUCAGUAUGUAAAGCUUCAUUUCUGGGAUCUGUUACUGUCUCCACCUUUAAAAUGUCUCCACAGCAGUAAAAAGGAUGUGGUUGGGGUUAAAUAUUUUUUGAAACUUAUCUCUGUUUAAAGUUUAUAUAUAAUAAUGUAUUUUUUUUUUUAAAGACAACUGUAGGAUUAUUCUGUCAGUUUAGUAUGAUUCACAUAAUCGUGGUGUUUUUGGGAUUGUUUUUACAUAUCAGAUUCUGUAUGAAGAUCAUAAAUAAAUCUACAUAAAACUA